CAGAGGAGGAGGUGGAGGUGGAGGGAGAAGAGAGAACGUGAAGAGCUCCGAAUUCAGCUUCUCCGCUCAAAACAGAUUCUCAGUGCUUGAUACCCCCAGCACCUUUGACAGGGGAGGACGAGGAGGAGGACAGCAGGUGACAGCUGGUGAUGAAGAUGAUGACAAAAAACUGGAGAUCAUUCAGAUGGACAUGGACAUAUGGGAGAGUUCGGGGCAGUGGGGCUUCUCGUGUUAUUCUAGUGCCAAGACAUCUUUGUCUGGUUUCACUGAUCUCUCUCCAGAAGAGCUCAGACUAGAGUUCUACUCCACUAGUGCUUCAGGAGAUCAGCAGGGCUAUAUUAAUGGUAUCAAUCAGUUGCUCAACCAGUGGAGAAACAGAGUCCAGGAACUGAAAGUUAUGGGUCCCGCCACUCGGGCAGCUGUGCUUGCAGAGUUAAGCAACCCAGCACCUCAGUCAUCUUCAAGUGGCUUUGAUUCAACAACAGCGACCGGAUUUGGAUCAUCUACAUCCAGCUUUGAAAGCAAAGGCUUUGGGGCACCAGCACCAGCCCAGGCCAGCGCUUUCAGCUUUGCUGCUCCAAGUGGUGGAUUUGGUUCCUCAGCGGCACCAUCAUCCGCCACAGGUUUUGGCAAUGCCUCAGCAGCUCCUACACAACCUUCCUUUGGGUUUGGUUCCUCCUCUGCAGCUUCUUCUUCCUCUUUCUCGUUCGCUGCUUCGAACGCCAAUGCACCCGCAGCCACUUCAGGAUUUGGCGCUGCCUCAGGGUUUGAUUUCUCCUCGACAGCAAGCACCGGAGGAGGAUUCGGAACCGGGUUCGGGGCUCCUGCUGCACCAGGAAACAGCAGCAUUUUUGGACAGACAGGGUUUGGAGCAACUGCUGCUCCACCUGCAGCAGGAGGCGGGUCUGCCAGUGGGGCAUCGGACAGUCUGUUUUCACCUGAGAGCAAACUGACUCCAGAGGAACUGAAUCAGUUCAAGGCUAAGAGGUUCAUUCUAGGCCAGAUCCCUUUAAAGCCUCCCCCAGCUGACAUGCUGAUGGUAUGAUGCUGUGGGACGCAAGGGUUGCAAGAUUUUUGAAAUAAAGAGAUAAUUUAUACAAAGUAAAGACUUUCUCCUGUAUAGCGCUUCUAUUUAAACUAAAGUCAUUGUACUAUUUUUUUAAGAUAUGGCUCAUGUUCAGAUACUUCAGAUCAAUCAGCAGGAAAACUCGCCAUUUAAGAUUUUUGUGUAUAAGCAACGUAUGCUGUACGUACAGCUGUGCAAAUACACUACCUGUUUUUACCUUCUGUCCUAUAGAGUGCUAUUUUUGAGAUGAUUGAAUGUCCUUCAGCUUAGGCUGUACUGAAAUCAGUUUGCCUGUUUCACAUUUUACCAUUUGUUGAGACUGAUCAGUUGAUCAGCAAAGUUUCUUUUUUGCAUGAUUAUGUGAUCAAACACUCAUCAUGUAAACUAACUUAAAACAAAACAAUAAAAAAAAAACAUACCUUGAACUUGGUUGGAAACCUACAACAA